AUGGCUCCUGGUAUCAAUAUUGCCACUUGCGCUCCGAGAGUACGAGCAGAGUGCCUAGAUCGGAACGUACGGUCCAGAUCUCACGGCCUGCCUAGCAUCUCCCAGCCGGUUCCUGCCAAAUCCAGCCAAUCGUUAUCCCUGAAGAACGCCGCCGCUCGGGCACAGUCUCCCAUUCCCGCUCUUUCCUCGCGACGCCUAGAUCAGGACCAAUCAGACGCCACUACGUUGUCUUCCGUCCGAGCUGCGUCGGCGCUGCAAUCACUCGACGCGCCGCUCGCCGAGACGCCAGAUGCGCUGCCGCCAGAAGUGCCGUACACUGUAGUUAUGAAGUUCGGCGGCUCGUCGGUGGCGAACGCGGCGCGCAUGAAGGAGGUGGCGGAUUUGAUCCAGUCCUUUCCUGAGGAGAAUCCGAUCAUCGUCAUGUCCGCCAUGGGGAAAACGACGAACAACCUGAUCAAGGUCGGCGAGAGGGCGCUGACGUGCGGGUCCGCCAAGUGCGCGGCGAUCGACGAGCUGCGAGUAAUCAGAGAGCUCCACGUGUCCACCAUGGAGGAGCUCGGCGUGGAAUGCGCUGAGGUGCACGAACUGAUGCACGAGCUGCAGCAGCUAGUAACGGGGAUAGCGCUGAUGCGCGAGCUGACUCCGCGGUCCUCGGAUUACCUCGUGUCGUUCGGCGAGCGCUGCUCCACGCGCAUCUUCGCCGCCUACCUAAACUCUCUGGGAGUGCCGUCCAAGCAGUUCGACGCAUUCCACAUGGGAGUGAUCACGACGGACGAGUUCACCAACGCGGACGUGCUGGACGAGACCUACCCCACCGUGGCCAACUCCCUCCUCUCCGCCUACCAUGCUCACCGGGAAAGCGCUGCUGCCAGUGGAGAUGACAGCAGCAGCAGGGCGUUCAUCCCGGUGGUCACAGGCUUUCUGGGCAGGGGCAAGAAGACGGGUGCGACGACCACGCUGGGCCGUGGAGGCAGCGACCUGACGGCGACCAUCAUAGGGCGAGCGCUGGGGCUGCGGGAGGUGCAAGUGUGGAAGGACGUGGAUGGCGUGCUCACCUGCGACCCCAACCUCCACCGCUCCGCUGUGGCUGUGCCCUUCCUCACCUUCGAGGAAGCUUCCGAGCUGGCGUACUUUGGAGCGCAGGUGCUGCAUCCGCAGAGCAUGCGGCCGGCGCGGGAGGGGAAUAUUCCAGUCAGGGUGAAGAACUCGUAUAAUCGCAGCGCUCCCGGGACGUUGAUUACCCAAGAGAGGGAUUUAUCGUCGGCGCUGCUGACCAGCAUUGUGGUGAAGCGUGGGGUCACGCUGCUGGAUCUGGUCAGCCUGAGGAUGCUCGGGCAGUUUGGGUUCCUCGCAAAAGUUUUCGCGAUUUUUGAGGCGCAGGGGAUUUCGGUCGAUGUGGUGGCGACGAGUGAGGUGAGCCUGUCGCUCACACUGGACCCCGCGAAGCUGUGGUCUCGGGAGUUGAUUCAGCAGGAGCUGGAUAAGAUGGUGGAGGAGCUUGAGCAGGUGGCGGUGGUCAAGUUAUUGCAGCGGCGGUCGAUUAUCAGCUUGAUUGGGAACGUGUCCCGGUCGUCAGUGAUUCUGGAGAAGGUGUUUGGCGUGUUCAGACGAAACGGGACCAACGUGCAGAUGAUCUCGCAGGGAGCUUCCAAGCAUCUGGACGCUCCCGCCAUUGGUCAAUGUGCUGAACUCACCGCCGAGUUCCUUCAUUACAGUCACCUGCUCUUCCUGAUUCUUCAUUUGCGGCACAAAUCAAGCACCAAGCACAAGGAGCUGUCCGUCCACCUCGAGAUCCCCAAAAAUGCUGCAGCGCAGGUCGGUGCAGCAGCAGCAGUGGUGGGAACAGCAGAGAGGGGAGAGAUUCCAUUCCAAUCAGCCCCGUCCCCCUUGCUGCACGCGCAGCCCCUUCCGCCCUCUCCGCCGUUGCGCCUGCUAGUCCACGAUCUCUGCGGAAGCCACGCCCGAAUGGUAGCAACAGCAGCAUCCACAGUGGAGACGGAGAGGGAACGGGUGUCUGUGCCAGUGGUGGCCACCCGCAUACUAGUGUCAGGAGCAGCAACCACAGCGCAGGCGGAGACAGAAGAGGUGCCAGUGCCGGUGGUGGCCAGCCGCGCACCAGUGGUGGCAGCAGCAGCAAGCACAGCGCAGACAGAGGAGGUGCCCGUGCCGGUGGUGGUGAUAGACAACCACUCGGAGGCCAAUGCCACCAUUGUGCAGCUAGAGUUUGGUGACCGGCUGGGGGCGCUUAUGGACACGAUGGCGGCACUGCGCAGUCUGGGGCUGAACGUGGUGAAGGGACGCGUGACUACAGCAGGCACCGUUGCUCGGAACACGUUCACCAUCACGCAGGAGGGAGGCAAGGUGGAGAGUGCGGAGAUGAUAGAGGCCAUUCGAGGCACCAUCAUCGCCAACCUCCUCAAGUACCACCCCGAGUCAGGCACGCAGCUAGCCAUGGGCCUCACAUGCGACUCGCCUCCCUGCAAUUCGAGUGUGCCAACACGCAUGGCGAUCACGGCCCUCCCGGACAACACAGGCAGCGAGUUGAGGGUGGAGGCGGCGGACCGGCCGGGGCUGCUGAUGGAAAUCGUGGAUGUGCUGACAGGGAUGUCCGUCAGUGUGACGUCAGCAGAGAUCGACACCGAGGGCGUGGUGGCGAAGGAUGUGUUCACUGUGUCGUACCAUGGGGGGCCACUGGAUGAUGAGAUGACCACGCUCACACUCAACGCCCUCAACUACACUCUCUCGCGGCCAGACAUCGAAGCAGAGGAGAGCUAUUAG